UGUGACUUUCCACAGAUGGAGAGCUCCCUGGAGCGGGCCAACAUAACCAGGGUCCAGCACUUCAUCCUCCUGGGUCUGUCCACCAGGCUGAGCACUAGGGAUGCCCUCUUUGCCAUCUUCCUGGCCCUCUACCUGCUCACCCUCCUGGAGAACACGCUCAUCAUCUACCUCAUCUGCAGCCACUCUGAGCUCCACAAGCCCAUGUACUUCUUUCUGGGCAACCUCAGCGGCAUGGAGAUGUGCUACGUGUCGGUGACCAUGCCCACGCUCCUUGCGGGGCUGUGGGUUGGGCACUAUCGCGUUUCCUUCACAGCCUGCAUGACCCAGCUCUUCUUCUUUAUAACCCUGAUCUGCACGGAGUGCACCCUCCUGGCCUCCAUGGCCUAUGACCGCUACGUGGCCAUCUGUCGCCCACUGCACUACCCACUGCUCAUGCGGCCCCAGGUCUGUCUGGGCCUGGCCGUGUUCUCCUGGCUGGGUGGGCUGGUGGUCUCAAUGAUCAAAACAGCAUGCAUUGGCAGCCUGUCCUACUGUGGCCCCAAUGUCCUCAACCACUUCUUCUGCGACGUCUCCCCACUGCUCAACCUGUCCUGCACCCAUGUGGCCCUCACAGAGCUGGUGGACUUCAUCUCUGCCAUUGUUAUCCUUUGGGGUUGCCUCAUCAUGACCAUGGCGUCCUAUGUGGCCAUCGGUAGGGCAAUGCUACGCAUGCCUUCAGCCACUGCCCGCCACAAAGCCUUCUCCACCUGCGCCUCCCACCUGGUGGUGGUGGGCAUCUUCUACUCAGUCACUAUCUUUAUCUAUGCCCGACCCAGUCGCAUAGAAGCCAUGGAUCUCAACAAGGUGCUGUCGGUCAUCUACACAGUGGUAACACCCAUGUGCAACCCGGUCAUCUACUGUCUGCGGAACAGGGAGGUCCAGGCAGCUUUCAGAAGAACUAUGUGGUGGUCCAAAGGUUGA